AACACUCUCUAUGAGUGACUGAACUUGUGUUGUGUUGUGCCCACACAUUGCAGCUGUCUCCAGCCCAUUUCCCUCCCCUUUUCUCCACUACCCUUCACUCCCCCCAUCUCUUUAUAUACCUCGCACCACCCUCUCAUAUCCACCCACCACCACCUCCGCCACCGCUGCCGCCCCCCCUCAGCCCCUCAGCUCAAAAUGUUGAACCAUUUCUUCAUACUAAGUCUUGGGUUCUUCAUUUUAUUCAGCAACACUCACCAUGUCUAUGCUUCAAACCCACAGAUUCAAACCUUAACCACCAAACCAACCUACAUCAACCCAAAGCUCCCGCCCCGGACCCUCUCCACAUCUAAAAAGUUCGAGGGCUCGUCGGAUUUAGUCCAGCUCCGGUACCACAUGGGCCCGGUUCUCUCCUCCGCCCCUAUCAACGUCUACCUCAUAUGGUACGGCCGUUGGGCUAACUCCCAGAAGCUCCUCAUCAAAGACUUCAUCAACUCCAUCUCCCCCACCACCCCUGCCGCCAAACCCUCCGUCUCCGACUGGUGGCAGACCGUCUCACAAUACACCGAUCAAACCGGCGCCAACAUCUCCCGCUCCAUCCUCAUCGCCGGCGAACAUACCGACACAACUUACUCUCACGGAACCCACUUGACCCGUCUCUCCAUCCAGCAAGUGAUCGCCACCGCCGUGAAAUCCGCUCCAUUUCCGGUGGAUCACAAGAACGGAGUCUACCUAAUCCUGACUGCCCAAGAGGUGACCGUUCAGGAAUUUUGUCGAGCAGUUUGUGGGUUCCAUUACUUCACAUUCCCCUCCAUGGUGGGCUACACAUUACCCUACGCAUGGGUCGGAAACUCCGGGAAGCAAUGCCCGGAAGUCUGCGCCUACCCGUUUGCAAUCCCGGGUUACAUGGGCGGCGGCGGGCCGGGGGCGUUGCAACCGCCGAACGGCGACGUGGGUGUUGACGGGAUGAUCAGCGUGAUAGCACAUGAGCUUGCGGAAUUGAGUUCGAACCCGUUAGUGAACGCUUGGUAUGCGGGUGAGGACCCGACCGCUCCGACUGAGAUCGGCGAUUUAUGCGAGGGGUUGUACGGGACAGGUGGCGGUGGUGGGUACAUUGGGCAGGUGAUGAGUGAUAGAAAAGGACGGACUUUUAAUAUGAAUGGUAAAAAUGGGAGAAAGUUUUUGGUGCAGUGGAUUUGGAGCCAUGUGUUGAAGGCAUGUGCUGGUCCUAAUGCUCUUGAUUAAAUUUUUAGAUGUUUGUAAAAUUUACUUAGUUUAAAAAACAAGAUAUAUUAUGGGGUUUUUUUUAACUCAAGAUUCUAUGCUUUUGAAUCUUGAAAUAGGGAUAAGUUGAUGACAUUUAUCGUUC